CAGCAGCGUCAACAUCGAACCUUUUUGAUUCCACUCUUUGUUGCGUCGCACUCUCAUUCAUCCCGUUCCACCACGUCCCAGCAGCUAUCCGUGAGCUGGCCUGACCGACUCCUUCCCAACUUCCCCUUGCUCCACUCCAAGGCACCUGCUCAGACAGCGCACGGGUGCAGCUGCCCAUCCGUCAACCACCAUGGCGCAAACGAGCCAUAUGCACAACCUGACGACUCUUAUAAAGCGGCUUGAAGCUGCUACGUCGAGACUCGAGGACAUUGCUUCGUCGUCCGUGAGCUUUGAGCCGGCUGCUCCCAAUGGCCCCGUUGCGCCUGUUCCCACUGUGGGCGUUUCCACCUCUGAGGCUGCGACGCCGAAGCCCGUCGAGCAGUUACCGCCCUCUAUUGAAGACUACGACGCCUUGAUCAACAACGAGCUCCAGAAUUGGGUAGGCCUGAGCAAGAAACUGGGUACUGCCGUUGAAGGCCAGGCCCAAGCUGUCCAAGCAGCUUUCGAGGCGCAGCGCAAGUUCCUCCUCAUCGCUUCCAAAUCGAAAAAGCCCCAGAUUGAAACCAUCAUGGAAAUACUACACGAUCUUCAGGCGGCCAUAGAAAAGGUGGACGAGGUCAAGCAACACAACCGCGACCCGGUCUUGACCAAUCCUUUGACCUUGGUUGCCGACGGCGUGGGUGCACUAGGCUGGGUCAUGGCUGAAGAUAGUCCUAAGCCGUUCGAAUAUGUCCACGAGAUGUUUGGUGGGGCACAGCUCUACGGGAAUAAGGUACUUAAGGAAUCAAGAGACAGAGAAGACAAGACGUCCAUGGAAUGGGUGCAGGGAUACUACAAGCUCUUCAAGGCGCUUGAAGACUAUGCAAAGAAGCAUCACCCCCGCGCUGUUGCAUGGAACAAGGAUGGCAUCGACGCGAAGGAAGCCGCACAGCAGCUGAAAAACGCACCCUCCGGAUCACCCACAGGAAACAUCCCCCCACCUCCUCCGCCUCCCCCUGCAGGCGGAAUCCCCCCUCCUCCAGGGCCGCCCCCGCCACCGGGACCUCCGCCGCCAGGCGCCCCUCCAGCUCCCAAGGCCAAGGCAGCCCCUGACAUGGGAGCCGUCUUCUCCGAACUCAACAAAGGCGAAGCUGUAACCAAGGGCCUGCGUAAAGUUGACCCCAGCCAGAUGACCCACAAAAACCCGUCAUUACGCGCCGGCGCCGCCGUCCCCCUACGCAGCAAGAGUCCGGCGCCACCCACCCGCAAGCCCAAGCCCGAGACACUGCGGACUAAGAAGCCGCCGAAGAAGGAGCUUGACGGCAACAAGUGGAUCAUCGACAACUUCGACAGUCCCGGCGACGUGGUGGAGAUUGAGGCAGAGAUCCAGCAUUCCAUUCUCAUCUCAAGAUGCAAGAAUACGACUAUCCGGGUCAAGGGCAAGGCGAAUGCAAUCUCUGUCGACAAUUCCUCGCGUACCUCGCUCAUCAUCGAUUCGCUGGUCAGUUCCGUGGACGUCAUCAAGGCGCCCAAUUUCGCGCUGCAGGUGCUAGGUACGCUGCCCACGGUGCUGCUGGACCAGGUGGAUGGCGCCACGUUGUAUCUGAGCAAGGAGUCCAUGCACACGGAGAUUUUCACGAGCAAGUGCUCGGUCGUGAAUAUCAACCUGCCCGUCGAGGAGGAUUAUGUGGAGCAUCCGGUGCCGGAGCAGAUUCGGAGUUUUGUGCGGGAUGGGAAGGUGGUGAGUGAGAUUGUGGAGCAUGUGGGAUGAGUGUGAGGAAAGCAGCUGGGGUUGGAAGGGUUUGGAUAGAUUAGGGAGGGGUGGGAAGGGUUCGCUGUGUACAUUGCGGGUUAGAGGUGUUGGAGAGUGGAGCGAUUGAAGGGAGGAAUGGGCUAUUGAUUAGUGCUUUGUGGGCGACGUGCAUCGAGGACAUUUACUGGAUUCUGUUCUUGUAUUAGCGCUUUUUGCUCGACCCAAACGGUGGAUGGUGUGGUUCGGCUACAGUGCUGCCGUAUUAUUUAAGCACAGUGAAGUCAUAGCGUCCUCUUCCACAAAG